UGUGGACGUUUUGUCAUUUUAAACUACACUUUACUUAGCCUUUGCUCUCCUGAGGUAGAAGUUUCAUUUGAUCGAAAGUCUGUGCAUAUGGUAAAAAUGUGUUGUUCAUCUUUACAGCUCCUUAUAGGCGUGAUGCUUCUGCAGAAUGUUGUGGUUGAAAAUGAGGCAAUGACCACAAGCAUCACCAAGGAAGUCGAAAAGGAAGCCACAAUAACUCCGGUUUCGCAACCUCAUGACAACAUCUCCCAAUUCAAUAAAAUAUUUAAUAACUCAACAGUCGGCCAUCAGAACUUCACUGACACACCUCCAAAUAAUACUGCUGAGACUACCACCUUACCCGGAUCAGAUCUGUCCACUCCUCCUCCUGUCUCAGAACAUCCUCAGACCAGCAAUAUUACCGAUCAUCAUGUAAUCGUUAAGCAAGCCACCACUACUGGAAAGAUUGAAAAAAACAUCACACCUGAAACAUCUCUGGAAAAAGAAUCUUCUUACGGAAUAACUUAUGUCAUUAUCUUGGUCAUUAUCAUUCUGUGCAUGAUUGGAGUAACAGUUUACUGCUGCUUUCAAAAGAACACCAGGAGGUACUCCAUGGAUUUACAUCCCAAACAGGAAGAUGCUCAGGUUCCGCUCAGUGCAAUUGAUGGGGAGGUGUUCGACUCUACAUCAGUUAAAGACAUGCAAACAUUUAGUCCUGUUGAGUCCAGCAUCCCAUUAAAAGCCCCUGAACCUGUGAAAGAUGCUGAAAAGCCAGUGGAAGAGAAAGAAACGACUAAAGUUAAACAAGAACAGUCUGAUACCCAGGCCAUAGUGAUUUCAGAAGAUAAAGCAGAAGAGCUAACCAUAGUGGAUCUGACUGAUGGAGCAAUGGCCACUUCGACUAAGACAUCGAUGGAAUCCCUAGAUGAGCCUCUUAAUGAAAACAAGAACAACAACAACAACAACAAUACAAGAGAUAAAGUCAAUGAGAAUGGGCAUUUCACUGAAAUCUCUCUUGAUGACUACUUUACCUUAGGGUAAACCAUCUCCUCAACAUUUUACAAUGAUCUCUCAACUGGAUUAAUGGACUUUGUUCAAACCUGUACAUUAGGGUCUGAUGUAUUGUCAACUCAAACAAAAUGAUUAUGUACUUAAAAACUUCUUGUGAGUCACAUUUGUAUAAGUAACACAUUUAUUUUUUUACUCAGUUAUGUUGUAAUAGCAUGACAUUGUGUUGUAAUUUUUCUCAAUAAUGAAAUGUUUUGAACAUCCUACAAUUAACUUUCUGCCUCAGCACAGUGGAAAUGCAUAUCAUUAUAACCAUGAAACAUUGUUUUUAAAAGUAUGUCUUUAUGACAAAAUAUUUUGUAAUUAACACAUGAUUGUAAAAUUAAACAUAUAAUGUAACUAUUUAACAUUUAAUUUAUGGAGCCUUAAAUAAUUUAUUUCAUUUCAUUUACUAAAACAUUCUUCAUUACAUUCAAUUAAAUAGAAAAUUACAAACAGAAUUGCAUUUUCAGAUUAUGUAAAGUGGACCUACAGUAUACAGUUUCUCUGUUGUAUGUUAUAAAUACUGUAAAGGUGGUAUAAUGGUACUGUAUACAGCCUACUGUAUGUUAAAAAACCUUCACUCACUAUACUGUACUUGUUAGUAAAUUCAAAGUUUUCUGAAACUGUGUGAAAUAAAUUGUUUCUGCCUUCCAUUCUUGUAAUUGCAAUCAAAUUAAGUCAUCAUAAUUCUUAAGAAAUAGCAUUCAUCCACUCUACAAAUGGCUAAAAUUGACCCAAUGCGUGGUUGUUUUAACCUAACUGCUGGGUUAUUAGACCCCAUGGUUGGAUAACAACAGUAGCGUAACGAGCCAACACGGGGCCCCUAAGCAGGAUUAUCAAGGCGGGCCCUUUACUACAACACGUGAUGACGCAAUGUCCACAAGCAGGCUACAAUGAAUGGGAUAGGACAGGAUCAUAGAGACAUGAGAUGACUGACAAAAUCAGAAAUAGCCUACGCGCACCACAACAAAAACAUAACAUCGGUGACAGCGCACCAAACAACACUGCUGGUGACACCACACUAUAACAUUUUGUUACUCACUGCUAUGACUACACACACACAUACACCUAGGUCUAAAUACAUAAAAAAGAUGCUCACUUACAUUCAGGGGUUAAAUUGGGAUUUAUUA